ACAGGCAGCACAGGCAACAGAACCGUGGCCCGCUGAUUUCUAAUCACAGCCUGCUCCAGCGAUGGAGCGUUGCGUGUUCAUGCUCCUGAAACAGCAUUCAGAGUGAGUAGCAUCACUUUCGCAGCUGAGUCUGAUCCAACCUUGUUUCUGUAGAAGAGCUAUAAAUACUGCUUCUUUCCCUCUUCUCUCUGCUUCUCCAAACACCUUGCCCUCUUCUCUCUGCUUCUCUCCAAAUGUCUUCCACAAAACACAACAACUAUGCCUCUAAAUUCCCCAAAUUCUUGUCUUUUCUGCUGACUCCCAAAAGAGAUUUCUUCUUGACGAGAAAAUCCUAUAGCACCUCUGCUCUCAUUUUGAGCCCCAGAAACCACUUGAGCCGAAUCUAUUCCAAAAACACCAAAAACACCAAAAACACCAACACCGGUGAGAAUACAAAAAACAAAAAGAAUGCAAGAAACGCAAGAAACGCUGAUAUUUCUACGCUAAAGUUACUCAUUUCAAGAAAAGCGUUACCCCACACUUUUCCAGAUGAAUUUUACAAAACCAGUUCUGCUGCUUCUGGCCCUAAUGAUCCAAACAAUAUUUUCAACAACAACCAUUUGCACGUCUUGAACCACUCUCUUUUAUCUUGCAACGACUUCAGCGCAUUGAACUUAUCGCCGGCAGCAAAGCUGGCCUUGUGUUUCCAAUUGUAUUCUUAUCUAAUCAACAACAACAUAUCGCUCUUGAACACCAACAUUGUCAACCAAUCAACCUACAGAAACCUAUUGUUUAUCUUCAACAACCAUGAUAACCUCUUUCAAUUAAUCACCUCAUACAAAUGUCUAAUCGUCCUAUCAACUUUGUUUUUUGAUGAGUUUUUGGAUCUUAUUGUCGACCAAUUCUUACCCAAAAUCAGAAUUCUUAUUUUUCUAAACCCGAAAAACUACAGCUCAAACAUCAUAUCAAACCUAAUCAUGGGCUACAUCAACAUCUAUCUAAUUUUCUACAACAACCCCAACCAAAACAAUCCCAUCUCCAUCACCGAAGAAUUUAACUACAACCAAGACGACGACAACAACGACAUAGAAGAAGAAAUCUGGAAAUUUAUCGAUUUAUAUGAUACUUACCCAAACAAUUCUGACAUCUUUUUCGCCAUAUCAAAUGCAUUGGGAGCCCUUUUUACUCUUUUUAAAAACUACAAUCUCCUAAACUCUCUAAUCUUUAACAUCAUAAACAUCCUCUCUCAAAAGAAAAACUACAUCAACAACCCAAUUACUCAAUUCCAAAUAUCCUCUUUCAAACUAAUCGCCUUCUUCUAUGAACUAUCCAUCAAUAACUUUAUCAACAACAACAACACUACUAACGACGACCUCUUACUAGAUUUGAAAUUUCUUAAUGAUUCCUACUCAACCAUAAUACUUCAAAAUCUAUCUCUUCUAAAUCAAAAAGUACAUUCAAACAAUAAAAACUUUGAUCAAAUCUUUAUCAAAAUCCAAAAUUCAAUCCAAAAUUCAACCAAAUUAAUCACGCAACUUGUUAACAAUCACAGAAAUAGCAACAACAACAGCAACAGCAACAACAACAUCAUCAUCUUCAAUAACAAGAUAAUAAACAAUUUAAACGACUUCUCUUUGGAUUUUGGUAAAAUAUCCUUUCCCAUCACCUCUCUCAACUCUCAAAAUACCUUCCGCAUUGACUCUUGGUAUAAAUAUUUCAUUUUAAUCCACUUGAAAUGGCUAUUCAACCAAUCUCUACCAUACCAAUUAUUCAACAACAAUCUACUACUACAGCUAUCUUCUCAUAACAACAACAACAACAACAACAACAACAAUAACAAUAACAAUAACAAUAACAAUAACAAUAACAAUACUAUUGUUCAAUAACCAUUAAAUUUGACCUAUAAGUAAAUACGUAAAUACGUAUAAACAUAUAAACAUAUAGAACUACCUUGUUGCUCACGC